AUGCCUCCGUCUGCCCCUACACCGAAAGUGCAUCCUGGGGUCGUCAAUGCCGGGUCGCGCCCUUAUCGGUCUCACAAAGUCCGAGCAUGUGACCUGUGUCGCAAACGAAAAUCGCGCUGCACCGUCGACAUCCCCGGCCAAUCCUGCGUCUUAUGUCGAGUCCAAGGAGCCGAUUGUCACUAUCAAGAAGACUCCUUUGAAGAUUCUCAGCUUCUUGAAGCAGAGGGGAGACAAUCCCCCUCGCGGUCUUAUGCGGGGAACAAGAGAAAGCGAGGGUCCCAAUUGAAUUCGCAGGAUGUCGAGGAUACCGCAGAGCCAAUGCCUGAUACUGGGAAUGGACCAACAUCCUUCGGUGUCUCACGUGAAGCCCGUGAUGGAAAUCGUGUGCGCAAGACUAGCGAGGACGGUCAGAAUGAAUCGGUGCUCAUCGUUGGGCCUGUCGCCGCAGAAGAUGCCCAAGUGAUCGAGAAAUUCCUACCCUCAGAGCAGUCCAACAAAUCGGUAGAGACAGCCAACAAACCGUACAAUGUUUAUUCAAGCGACCCGCGGAAGCCCAUUCUAUAUACGAAAGUGUCACGGCGAAGGCAGGGUGUGCGCCUAGGAUUUCCUCCAGGGGAAAAUCAAAAAGAGAUUCUUGAGCAAAUUUUGGGGCCACACAAAGACGAACUAGUAAGACUCUUUUUGGAUCGGUUCAACGUCGCCUUCCCUGUCUUUGACGGUCAUGCCUUUUGGGAAGCCUACGCCUCAGGAUCAGAGGAAGAGCCGGCGACUACACUGUUGUGCCAUGUUUAUGCUAUGGCUCUCGUCUACUGGAAACAUAUGCCUAAACUUGCUCGCCAUCCUAAGCCCGAUGUCCGCUAUGCGAUUAACUUGACUGUUGCAGCACUACACGAAGAUUAUUCCGCACCUGGACUGUCAACAGUUAGCGCGGCAUUGCUUGAUCUUACCGGUCGACCUAUUUUUUCCAUGACUGGUAAUGCGAUUAGUUGCGGGCGUUUGGUCUCACUUGCGCAUUGUCUGGGCCUUAACAGAGACCCCAGCCAUUGGAAAAUUCCACUUUCGGACAAGAAACAACGGAUUAGGUUGUGGUGGGGGGUUGUUAUCCAUGAUCGCUGGGGAAGCUUCGGUCAUGGGGUCCCUCCUCAGAUUUCAAAGAUUCAAUAUGAUGUCCCCUUGCCUAGUGUGGAGGUUCUAGUGACUCAGCCGAGGGCUACAUCCCAACACGUUCGCGCGGCACAUUGCCAUAUCUCUCUCUGCCGCUUGACGGAGAUCUUGGGAGAGCUACUUCCACUCGUGUAUCAACUACAGACGAAGCCGAGCCGUGAAACCUCUAAGAAAAUUCGACACAUACGAACUGAUCUCGACACAUGGGAGGAUGCGUUACCCGAAUGGUUACGCGCCCCUAUACAGAAUCCAGAAACUCCGGCUGGUGGUGUUAGCAGCCUACACUUGGCAUUUCUUGCAGUCAAGAUGCUUGUUUGUCGGGUAGAAUUACACGAGAUAAACAACACGGAGAACGAUCAGCCGGAUGCGCGCCGAUACUUCCAGACUGAACUUCGAAAGGCUGCUGAAGAGAUUGUUCACUUCAUGUCUUCAUUGCAGAGCGCAAAUUUUAGAGAGUUCUGGUUACCAUAUAGCGCAUUUCAUCUUACCUCGACAGCAACGCUACUUGUGCGCUGCGCGUUGGAGACAACCGACCAAGAAGUUGCCCGAUCAUGUAUGACUAAUGUUGAUAAUCUGCGUUCGCUCUUGCGACGAGUGCGUGAUGAAGAGGACUGGGAUGUGGCGGAUAUGUGUCUUGAUCAUUGUGAACGUAUCCUGAACAGGUACCCCGAAAUUAGCACGAUAACCAGCAUGAAUCCCCCGAACGGCCACCACCCGGAGGAGCAGCCCCUUGGAGGUGGCAUGGACGAGACAUUGGCCAUGACACCGGCUGCCAUUAUUCUGCCCGAGACGACAACCAAUAACGAUAUCGUUGAAGAUAUGAUGUCAAUAUCGGGAACGUUUGGUACGAUGGAUGGUUUCCCUUUCGAUAUGACCGGGAUAUGGGAUGUCUCUGGAAUUCAGGACGUGAAUUUUACCUGA